AUGGGUAUCUUGCAGAAUCCUGGCCGGUUUUCCAGUCAACUGCGCAAUGCGCUUGCCUCCAAGCCUUUCGAGGUCUGGAGCAACCCCGAGUCGGACGGAGACCCGCAAGACAGAGACCGCUCCGAUGACAUGGAAACAGAGUCCUACGCGGAAGAAAGCUAUGUGGCGAUGGAUGGAGACGCAGGAGAUGGAGUAGAGGCCGACUGGGCUAUGGAGACCCAAAGUGCGGACGAUCAUGAUCCCGAGGCCGUGCCUGAUGGAGCGGUUGAUGCUCCCGUGUCUAUUGGCAAGUGUGUGAGCUGUUUAAGGGAGUGA